AGAGUUUCGCGGGAUCUGAGUCCUAGAAAAAUUUAUUUUAAACUAAUAAAUAAUGCCACCGAAGAAAAGGGACAAAGAUGCCGAAAGUGCUAAAACACCAAAAAUGGACCAUAUACAAGCGGAUCAUGAAUUAUUUUUACAAGCAUUUGAAAAGCCAACACAAAUAUAUCGAUUUUUACGGACACGAAAUAUGUUAUCGCCAAUAUUUUUAAAUCGUAAUCUUAGUUAUAUGAAACAUCGAAUGUCACGUACAAAUGCGGCUCGUAAAACAUUUCGAAUAGAUGGUUUAUUAGAAAAAAUCACUGCUCAAAAAAUAAAUAAGCCAAUACCGAAUGGCGGUCAAAUGGAAUUAAUAUUUAUAGGAUUUUAUGAUAAAACAAUCGAUAACUCUGUACAAUAUGCUCAAGUAGAAACAUUGUUAUUGAAAAUAUGUCAUAAAAAACGAAAAGAUAGUGCAUCCCCAUUAAUGCAAAUAUCAUUAGGUACAAAUGAAAUAGAUGUAAAUCCAUCAGAAGAAAUAAUUGUCCCAGCAAAACAGACAGCAAACGUGUGCAUUCCAAACGAAUCGUUCAGUUUAUCAAAUGGUCAUCUUGUUAAAUCGUAUAUGCUGUUAUUACGUGUACAUUGUUUCACUACAACAUCACAAAGUAUCUUAGAUCCAGACGGACAACCAGCUCAAAAACGUAGAAAAUCAACAUCAACCAAAAUAUACGGCGCCGAACUUGUUAUUUACGAUAAACAAAAUCGAUGUUUAUUAACUGACGGAGAUUAUGAGAUUGCUCUUCAAGAAGUUACCACACCUGCACCAAAAGUAUCUCCUAAAAAGUAUUCAAGUUGGGAAACGUUAUCUACUGAUAUGGACGAUAGUUGUGGUUCGUUUGAAUCGUUUAAAAAAGGUCCUUCGUUAAAAUUACGAUUACGGUGGUCACGACCUCAACCUGUUGCUGUGAAAGUUGAGAAAGUCAGUUCAAAUAACAAUGAAACCAGACCUCAAAUUGUUUAUCAAUUUUUAUAUAAUAACAAUAGUCGACAACAAACUGAAGCUUGUGAAGAUUUACAUUGCCCCUGGUGUAGUCUUGAUUGUGGAUCGUUAUAUCCGUUAUUAAAACAUUUACGUCUAUGCCAUGCACGAUUUUCGUUUACAUAUGUUCCAUUACAAAAUGGUGGCGCUAGAAUCGAUGUGGCGAUUAAUGAAUUAUAUGAUAGUUCGUAUGCGGGUACACCUCAUUCUUUAGCUGGUCCACGACUUCCGAGUGCUGGUCCCACUCGCCGUGCUCCAGUUACACGAUUAUUAGUUAACAGAUCACGUAAAUGUCAAAAUAAUGUAAAUAGUUUAACUGAAUUUUUACAACAAAGAGAAGAAUGUGAAAGAGAUGCUAGGCGCCCAUAUUUAGCUGGACAUGCACGAUUAUACCAUCACACUGGAACGUGUUUACCAGUAUGGCCACAAGAAUUAGAUUGUGAUUCAGAGGGUGAACAUGAUCCAGAUUGGUUGCGAACUAAAACAACAAUGAUGAUCGAUGAUUUCACCGAUGUUAACGAAGGUGAAAAAGAAUUAAUGAAAUUAUGGAACUUACAUGUCAUGAAAUUCGGUUUUGUUGGUGAUUGUCAAAUACCAUUAGCUUGCAUCGAAUUUGUUAAACAUCGUGGUAAAGAAAUUUUAAUGCGUAAUUUAUAUAAAAAUUUUGUACUACAUAUGUGUAGCUUAUUUGAUUUUGGAUUAAUUAGUCCAGUGACAUUAUAUGGUGUUGUACGUAAAUUACAAGCAUUGGAAGGCGCGCCCGAGGGAGCUGAAUUAGCACGAAUCAAUACAGCUGUGGAACAACAAGUGGCAUUAGCUGCAGUACAUAGAAAUGGACAUACAGGUGGUCAUAGGAGAAAAUUAAAUUUAACAAAUGGCCAAAAAGUGAUCUAA